GUCUGGUAUUGACAAGUGUAUUAUUUUGUGAUAUUGUUUUAAUUUUUACUAUAAUGGGCUAUAAAAAAAUUAAUAUGAGGGAGCUGGAGGCGGCUGCUAAAGUUUCUGCAACCACAAAAGUUAUCAAUACUCUUAAUAGACCAGGACAGUUAGAGAAAAUUGAUCAAAUAAAGCAAAGAUAUGUUCGAAAGAAGGCAUCAGUCGAAGCAUUAUUGAAAUCAGCAAUGCAGCAACAGUUAGAUGGGGUACGAGUAGGUCUCACUCAACUACAUAGAUGUCUUGAAGAUGUGGCUGAUAUAAAUAUUAGUGUGAAGAAAAUGUAUGACCUAUUUGCGGAUGUUCCUGAAUUGUGCAAAAGACUUAAUGAUGUCAGAGAUGAAAAUAUGAGACACUCACAAUAUGUUACUGCCAAAGAAAAUCUCAAACAUAUUUUUACUGUACCAGAAAGCGUUGAAAAGACUAAAGCAUUGAUAAAUGAGGGGAAGUUAUUGCAUACACAUCAGUGUCUGAGAGACUUGGAAAAUUCAAGAGACGAUUUACUAUUUGAGCUACAUAAGCUGCCCAACCAAUCUGUACAUGAUAAGUCAAUGUUGAAAGCAUAUUUUGCCGAUGUAGAAGUUCUUUCCAAUCUUCUCGAGAAGCAAUUAACAUUUAUACUUUCCAGAACAUUAAACACUGUUAGAAAAGACCCUACAGUGAUAGUAACGGCUUUAAGAAUAAUAGAACGUGAAGAAAAAGCUGAUGAAGAAGCCUUAAAGCAACAGAAACAGACUGGUUUUAUUCCUCCAAGUCGUCCCAAGAAGUGGAAAGAUAUGGCUUUUAAAAUUUUUGAAAAGUCUGUGUCUUCCAAAAUAGAAGGAACACAGGUUGAAGAAAGGGAAGACAAUAAGCAUUGGCUUAUAAGAUACCUAGAAUUAAUAAGAAUGACCAUUGUGGAGGAUUUAAGGAUUGUAAAAACUCUUUGUCUUCCGUGUUUUCCACCAAGCUACAAGAUAUUGAAUAGAUAUAUACAAAUGUACCAUGGGUGUCUUUCGUUGCAUUUACAAGAAAUAAUCCAAAACGGUUUAAAAGGUAAUGAGUAUGUAACAAUGUUAUCAUGGGUGUUGAAAACCUACCAAGCAAAUGAUAUGCUGGGUCACCCUGAUUUGGCAGUGUAUACUGAAAAACUAUCCCCUUUACUCCCUCAAGCAGUUCUAGAUAGGUUAGAAGGAGAUUAUAUGAAGAAUAUAGAAUCUAAUUAUAUAGAAUGGAUGCAAAAUACACUCAAAUCUGAGAAAGAAGAAUGGAGGUCUAACACAGAACCACAUUUGGAGUCAUAUUCUAGGACAGCUGCUCCAAUAAUAAUUUUCCAGAUGAUAGAUCAAAACUUACAAGUGGCAAAAACUAUCAGUGAAGAUUUGACUAUAAAAAGCUUGAAUUUAAGUAUCCAACAAGUCAUAAUGUUUGCAGAUGCCUUUAGAGAUGCUAUUAUUGAAUUUAAAAAUAAAUAUUUUGAAGACAGAAAGCAGGUCAUAUAUUUCACCCAAUAUAUGAUAGUUAUUGUAAACAAUUGCCUCCAACUUGUGGAACUGGGUUCACAGUUAGAGAAACAGUAUGUCAAGAACAAUACAUCACAUGAUUUAGCUAGGAAUUUUGGUCUGCUGAAGACUACAUAUAUAAAAUUAAGAAAUGAAGCCGUCCAAUAUUUACUUGAAGAACCAUUUGUAGAUCUGGAUCAGCAUUUUGACAAGCUUUUCACAAGCCAUUGGUUUCCUGCUAAUCCAGCUGACACAAUAUAUGUAACCAUUGAAGAUUAUUUCCAAGAUUAUAAUCGUUUAGUUGAAGCAAAUUAUAAAUAUGUAGUAGAACAGGUAGUUACUAUGGUAGGAAGACGAUAUUUAACAGCGAUGUUAUCCAGAAGAAUUUCUUUUAAAACAUUUGACGAGUGUAUGAAAGCUGCACAAAAGGUUUCAGAGGAAGCUAGCAGAUUUAACCAAUUGUUCUUAACUUUAAGUAAUGACUUGGAAUGUGAGAAUCCGUUUGAUGCUGUUAUAAUGCUUUCGGAGGUCGUUAAAAGUGAUGACGACAUGCUUUCAUUUGAGCUACAUAGAGUAGUUGAGAAGUAUCCAGACAUUACUGAUGACCAUUUGCUACGACUUCUUAACCUGAGGGGUGAUUUGUCUAGAUCAGAUGUGAGGGAUAAAGUAGCACAUAUUGACAAACCAAAAGUACUACAUAAGAGCAGUAUUUUUAAAACCCUGGUGUUCCCUAAGCUUGUAAAUAUUAAUUUAAACUUCUGAAACUAAAUUGUAAUGACGUCAAUAUUUAUAAAGUUAGUAAGUAAAGAACAUAACAAAGAUAACUUAAUAUUGUAUGUGAGAAAACAUAUUAUGAAAGUCAUUAUGUAAUAAAUAUAAAAGUAAAUUAACAAAAUAAAAUCAAAAUUAAUACCAACUAUUUUUUUCUCUGAGUUACACUUUCCAUGCGAUCUGUCCUUAUUAAAUUUAACACUGAUUCCCGAGGAAUCGCUUUCAACUAUUCAUCUAAUGCAGUAUUUAGCUCCUCCACUGUCGCAGGUGCUAGAUUACGGACCAAACCCUGCGUUUAAGUUCAACCCAUAGGUGCUUGAUGGGAUUGAUAUCCAGUCCAUUGUUGUUAGAUUGGUGUUGGCCAGGUAAUCUUUCGUAAUCCGCACUAUGUGAUAUCGAACGUUAUCAUGCAUUAGCAUGAGGCCGUCGCCUAUGUAGCAGGCGUAAGGAACAACAUGGUCUUGGAGAAUAUCCGUAAUGUAACGAUCCACUGUCAAUCCCCCUCCGUGAUCACCACCAGGCACGAACACUAGCUCUGUUUUCCUUCUAAAAAUGUACCACCCUAAAACAUACACGAACCACCUUCGUAGCUCACUGUUUCGACACUGCAGCACUGAGCAAAUCGUUUUUUGGGCCUCCGAUAGACGCGUCGUCUUAUGUAAUUGUUAUACAAGCACAUUUGACCCUCAUCAGAGAAUAAAACUCUGCUCCAUUGGAAAAGGUCCCAAUUGACGCGUUUUUUUUCUGACUUGCGUGCAAUUUGGGCCCUGUAUUAGGUCGUCUGGAAGUCAAAGUGGCAGCUUUAAGUCUUCUCCCAACUAUCCACUGAGUAACGGUGACACCUCGUAUAUACCUCAAGGAUUAAUGAGACUCAACUCUUGUUGCGAGCAGAUUUUGCAACAAUGGACGAUGAAUUGAUCGUCCUUCUCUGUCGUUAGACGUCGCCGACCCAAACCUGGUCGUCUAAUGUAGCUACCGGUCUGCUGGUAUCGACAGUAAGCCCUUGAGACUGCAGACUGGGUCAUAAGUAAGUGACCGGUGACAGUCUUUUGACUAUAGCCCUCUCGUAAUAAUGCAAUUACCCGGACAGCCUUCAUUGGUGAAGUAUCAAUUUUAAAAUAUUUACUUGAUGCACUUUAAACAUUUGACAAGCGAUUGAGACGACCACCGGCAAACUCAGAGGUUUACGUUAUAAACGUUUGACAUUCCUUUCCUCAGGUAGCUUAGCUUCCUUCGUGAAUGUGUUAGUUGUUGCUCUGGAAACCUCGGAGUCUUCUAACAUUAUUGCCACAAAUUGGUCGCAUUGCUCCUGUAGUGAUCCUUUCCAAUGUAAACAUGGUCCUUUUCUAACUUGGCUGCACCGUACCGAAGAUGACCAAUAGUCAGAAAUACGUAUAUACGGUUGUCUUCCAUCUUUUACACAUAUUUAAUUACAUAUACGUGUUUCCUUUGUUGCGAGCUGUGCCGAUACUUUUACCUUUUUCGUAUAUGUUUCUGUAUUAUU